UUAGAACAAAAUUGAUACCAUGAUUUGGUUGUGGAUGAAAUCAAGAAUCAAACGAUUCUGAUGUUAAUUUUAGGCACGAUCUUACAUCGGAUGAGUACUAAAAUGGUGUUAGGCUUACAAGGAUUGUCAAAGUCACAAACGCAUGAAGUGCCUUUCGUGGGAGUUGGGAAAAAAACUAUAAAAUUAGUGGCCAAAGUGGACAACACCUCACCUGGACUGAGCCGACCAUGAGCUGGUAGUGCAAAGAUAAGAUUUUUUUUUCUUCCAUGGAAUCCAAUCUUUUAUGCACCAGGUACUAUCCCAGAAAGAAGAGGAAGAGAGAAAAGAAAAGGCCAAAAACAGUGAAUAAUUGAAUGGCUCGUCCACUUGGAGAAUCCUGCUUCUCUCUCACUUUUGGGCAACUCAUGAGGGAGUUUCCUGGAAACCUGAGCAUUUCCUAAGAGUCAUAUGUACUUGACUAUUUAAGACGAAGCCGGAAAAGAAUCCUGUUUGAUUGAUUGAUGUUAGUAUUGUCAACUACUCCCAGUCCCUGUAAACAUUUUACUCUUUGAAAACCCAAAUCCAUGGAUCUUCUCAGUCAGUUGCGGGGACAGAUUGCUGAUUUCUCAGCUUUUCUCUACCGAGAGGGUUUUGUGGACGAUCAGUUUACGAAGCUGCAAGAUGAGAGCAGUCCUGGUUUUGUGGUGGAAGUGGUGUCUCUUUUCUUUGAAGAUUGUGAGAAGCUCGUUAACAAUAUGGCCAAAGCUUUAGAACAGCAGAUUGUAGAUUUCAAGCAGGUAGAUUCUCAUGUUCAUCAAUUGAAGGGUAGUAGUUCUAGCAUUGGUGCAGCAAGAAUUCAAAAUGUCUGCAUUGCCUUCAAGACUUACUGUGAAGGCCAAAACCGUGACGGGUAA